CCACCGUCAUUCAGUCACACGUUGACCGCCACCAAGCAAACACCGCCAGCCCUACAACUUCCGCGAAGGGCAUCCGCGUCCGGUGAUCUCUGAUGCUAGUUUCGAAAAUGUCGGCCCUUCUUCUCUCCAUUCUGGGCCUGUCCGUGGGCAUCCCGCACUGCCCCAUGUGGAAAGAGAUCGUCCCUUGCACUUGCCGGAUGGACUCUACCAAACUCACCACGAUCCACUGCGACCGGAUGACAUCGUACGACCAGGUGGUGAAGUUGCUCAAAGGGCACUUUUCGCCGGCGGACAGGGUGUCGCUCAAGCUGUCCUUCAGCAAGCUGGACGAUCUGCCCUUCAGGAGCUUCAAGGAGCUGAACAUGUCCAUCGAGAAUUUGAAGCUCAACCACGACAAUUUGGGGGAACUGGCGGCGGACACGUUCGAGGGCCUCAACAAGGUGGUGUUCUUGAGCCUGGCCGAUAAUUACCUGGGGAAGGUGCCGGAGCACCUGUGGAAGCGGAUGACGGGGGUCAAGACGGUGGAUCUGGGCCGGACGAAAAUCACGGAGCUGACCGAGUCCAAUUUUAAGGGUCUUCCCGUCGUUUGUUUAGUCCUCGCCGGCAACUCAAUCUCCUAUAUGGACCAAAACACCUUUCCCAGACAAGUCGAACGACUACACCUAGGCCGCAACAACCUCAAAACCCUCAACAAAACCCUAACCAACCUAUCCGACCUAGUCUGGUUAUUCGCAAACUCCAACGACCUCACAGACAUAGAAGCAGAGCUCCCGUACGACGCGAAAAAACUCAAAAUGAUCCAUUUCUCCAACAACAGAAUUGAAAGACUUCCCCAACAACUAAAAAGCCUCACAAACUUAGACUCGCUCUUCUUCCAAUUCAACCACCUGAAAAGCCUAGACGGCACUUUGGGCAAAGCGAGAAGACUUCAAAGGGUGGUUCUGGAGCACAACCACAUCAGCAUGUUAACAAAAGAAGAUUUUGCUGAGAAUGAGAUACUCGAAUCCCUGAUUUUAGGCCACAACCGCAUACCGGCUUUGAAUAACUCGCUACUCAACCUCAAAAGUCUCAACUUUUUGAAUAUCACGAUGAACCGACUUACUGAGUUCUCGUUUCAAGAGAUAGUGGGGCUGCAAGAAUUGAAAAGUAUCGAUUUGUCUUAUAACCAAAUCCGAACAUUGGUUGGACCAGCUACGAAUCUAGUUGAAUGGAAUAUAAAGCUGACGGAGUUGAAGCUAGAUCACAAUGAAAUUGAGUCGUUGAAUGGUGCUUUAUCCGGUUUACCGGAGCUUUUGAGGUUAAAUUUAAGCUUCAACAAACUACGAAAAAUCUCGCCGGAUGACCUUAUUGGUUUAGACCAACUAAGGCUCUUGGAUGUCUCUCACAACUAUUUAACCACAAUGGAAGAGACAAGCAAGACAUUCCUUCCACGACUAGAAGAAUUAAGGGCCAGUCACAACUACCUGACAAUACUAGAAAGGGAUUUCCACGGACUCCCGGUCUUGUGUCACGCAGAUUUAUCAAAUAACCAAAUAGUCGCACUAGGCAGAGAUUUAGUUAGCAAAACUCGGUGUAAAAUUGGUCAUGGUGUCCAUGAAGGUACCUGGGAUACUCUGAAAAUCUACCUCCAAGACAACCCCAUUUUGUGUGACGCUGCUCUCCCAGAAAUUACGUCAUCAAUGGAAAUCAACCAUACUCGCAUCUACGGUGUAGCCCACUGUCCGCCCCUAAGCGAGCAACCCGUCACUAGUAAACCCAACGCUUUUCUGGGCUACGUCCCCGACACCACCCCUUCUCUCCCCGCCGCCAUUUCCGCCAACCUUCCCACGAUUGAACAAGAUGGCGAGCCCAACAAUCAAGUGAAACCUUUGUACAAAACGUCCGCGUACGAAGCCAUCCAGUUGUCCAUACCCCAUAGGAACAACUUGGAAGACCCCAAUCACCACGUCCAGCAAGAUCAAGUGGUUGAUCUCCAUCAAAACGAUCAGUACAGAGUGGAUCAGGCGCAAGCCACAAUCGAUCCUGUGAAGCAGGAAAAGCAGCUAUCGAAGUUAGCGUCGGAAAUUGAGGAGUUGAGGAGUAGGGUGGAGGAGUUGGCCAGUCAGAACCAGAUUCUGCUGAAUCAGCAGCUGGGCAAUAAGUCGACGGAAAAGCCGCCAAAUCAAGAGUUAGGAGAAGAUAGGAAGCCUUGAAUGGGGGGAGGUGUCGUAGUGCCUUUUAAUCUUUUUUAACGUUAGGUGUAGAUUGUGACGCAAGUAACUUAUUCCUAGUCAUUUGUAGUAAACGCAGAAAUUUAUCAAGACGAUGAGGGAGAAAUUUAGGGCUGUCUUGAAGACAAAAGAGGGGAUAAAGUAUUGAUGUUUAGUUAUGAGUACAAUUUAUUUUUAGAUCAGUAUAUGACAAUAACGAGUGCCAUUGAUUUAUUGAAAUAUUUUUAGUAGCUUUUAAUUCGUUUUUAUUUUUUAAUUUUAUGAUUUUGAAUUCAUCCAGUAGUCACUAGUGAUGUAAAUACUUCAUUACUAACUUUUCCACUAUUUCUGAAAUGAUAAAACAAUGUAGUUAGUCGUAGGAAACUGUGUGUAUUUAUA